AGAGGUGGGCGCUCACAAGCGACUCACCGGGCAAAGUCGACGCUCUUGCGCCGCAAGAGUCGCUGCUGCUGCGAAGCCUUCACGCUGGCGUAAAUAUAGAAAAAGAAAGCACAAGAGCCGGAGCCGCAUUCGCUUGCCAAAAUCGCCAAGAUGACUGACACGCCACGAUCCGAGAAGUCGCAGACGAGGUACAGCACCCCGGUGUCUGACCUCGAUGACCACCGCAACCAGCCGGCAUCAAUGCCAAGGGCUGAUGCCUCCCCAGCUCGCUCCCGCAGGCCAACCUUCGUGAGCGUCCAGGGCGUUUCCGAGCGCCUCACCCCGCUGCACCUUGUCAACGAAGCCCUCGAGGCGCACAAUGUUACCGCGCGCGACUUCGAAACCGCCGUCGUGGACGAUGACGAGACGCACCUGGCUCCUGAUGGGGCAUAUGGAAGGCGUGGCUCGCUGGCUCACAGCCCCAUGGCCCGCCGUGAUACCUUCAGGCGGCCUCGAGAUCCUACUGUUGAACGUCUGAGGCGCUCCCGGGCAUCCUCCACGACGUCGCGAUCGACGUCCCCACCCAAUUCCGUGGAUGCCUUCGGCGAUCUUCGACCGCGGCGCCGCGCUGGGACUGUUAACAGCCGUCCUCCGUCUGUUGCAGAGAUCGAAGCUGAGCUCCAGCGGACCGUCUCUGGUGGCACACGCCGACGCCCGACCAUCAGCGAUGAACGCCCUGAUAUUCAUCGUGCCGAUACCGCCUCCACGCACAGCUCUGCGGAAGAAGAUGUCUGUUUCCCAGUGCAAGAAGAUACGGGCAAGACAACCCGGUUCGACUAUGAAGAGCUGGAGGAGUUUGUGGUCGAGAAUCAAACCAAGACGCCCAUCGGCAACCUGCACCGCAAGCCAAGCGUGGAGUCCCGCCUUUCCAGCAAGAAGCCUCGGGUCUUCAACGACCUACGCCCAAAGUCUGGACAUUCUACUCCUCCCAAGGCGGAUUUGGAUGCCAUGGCAAUCAAAGAAGGCGUUGACCCUGCCAUUCAGGAGAAGCUCGCCGAGGAAGGUCUAUCCCACAUGUUCACCGUCGACAAAACCACCAGCCAAGUGGAGAUGCCUCUCAACCGGUGGACUUUCUUCUCGUCCGAGCUGGACGACACCAUCCACGCUGCCGAGCUGGGUGGCCUCCUGAUGCCUGGCGAACGCUUCCGCGACCUCUUUGAGCCCCCCGCAGAAGCUGGAGUCUGGUGGUUGGACAUGGUGAACCCAACAGAAGAGGAAGUAUUUGCGAUCUGCAAAGCUUUCGGGGUGCAUCCCCUUACCCGCGAGGAUAUUGCAAUCCAGGAGCCUCGCGAGAAAGUGGAACUCUUCCACAAGUACUACUUUGUCUGUUUCCGUUCGUUUUUCCAGACCGACAGGGACUCGGAGGACUACCUUGAGCCUAUCAACUUCUAUGCCGUGGUCUUCAAGGAGGGCAUUCUGUCAUUUACGUUCACUGAGAGCCCUCAUGCGCUCAAUGUUCGCAAGCGCAUCAGCCGACUUCGGGAUUACAUCAACCUCAAUGCCGAUUGGAUCUGCUACGCCCUCAUUGACGACAUCGUUGAUAGCUUCGCGCCCGUCCUUCGUACUAUCGAGCAAGAGACGGACACCAUUGAAGACCAGGUCUUCAUUGCACGCAUCGAGGACUCUCGCGAGAUCCUACGCGCCAUCGGCGACUGCCGCAAGAAAGUCAUGCAACUGCUCCGUCUUCUCGGCGGCAAAGCAGAUGUCAUCAAGGGCUUCGCCAAGCGCUGCAAUGAAUCUUACAGCGUAGCGCCUCGCGGAGACGUCGGGCUCUACCUCAGCGAUAUCCAGGAUCACGUCGUGACGAUGAUGUCGAACUUGGGCCAUUUUGAGAAGAUGUUGAGCAGGUCGCACUCCAACUACCUUGCGCAGAUCUCGGUCGACCAAGUCAUCCAGGGAAACCAGUCCAACAUUACGCUCGGUAAGGUCACGGUCAUCGCGACCAUUCUUGUUCCGCUCAAUCUGAUUUGCGGUCUGUUCGGCAUGAACGUCAAGGUGCCUGGACAGGACGGUAGCAUUGCCUGGUUCUUUGGCAUCCUUGGGACUAUCGUCUUGUUCGUUGCUACGUGCCUGAGUGUUGCCAAGCGCAUGAGGUUCAUCUGAUUUCGAUUAUGUGUUUGCGACCUUUUGGUCAUAUACGAGUCCCUGUUUUCACUGCACUGUCUUGUACAUGUCGUUCACCAUUUUGCUUGUCGUUUUCUUUUUGUUGCAGAGGUGUGCUUAGAGCAAGGUGCGAUCGGAAGAGUCCAGUUAUACAUAGCGCUUAGUGAUGGAGAAAGUGCGGGUUCUUACAUGUUAGUACUGUUGCUUUCCUUGUAUAGAUGUUCUAGGUCAAUGGAUGAUGA